AUGGCGAGGUUUGUGGAGACGGUGGAGCUGCAGAUCAGCCUGAAGAACUAUGACCCGCAGAAAGACAAGCGGUUCUCCGGAAACGGCAGGUUGCGCAACACCCUAGGAAAGUGUUACAUAGACAUGAAGUUUCCCACAAUAACUGAUGACAUUUCCAAACUGACCACUGUGCACGAAAUUGUACUCGGCAGUGACUUCAAAGUGCAAGCAGCCAGCUUCUCCCCCAAAAGCCUGGAAAACAGAGUGAAGGAGACAUUGCACAAAGCCUUCUGGGACAGCCUGGAGGAACAGCUCUCUGCUAGUCCCCAAAACUACGCCUGGGCAAUCCAGCUGCUGCAGGAGUUACAAGAGGCCCUGCUAUCAUUGCUGCUGCCACGGCACAACCAGCUGCGGAGCCAGAUUGAAGAGGCCUUGGACACGGAGUUGAUUAGACGGGAGGCUGAGCACGGGGCUCUGGAUGUCCAUGGUCUCACCGUGUACGUCCUUGGCACAAUGGCAGGGCUGUGUGUGCCCGUUCAAGAUGAGGAAGUACGAGCGUUGCAAAGCCUGACAGACCCAGCUCAGCUUCUCAGGGAGAUUUUCCAGGUGUUGGGCCUGAUGAAAAUGGGUAUGCUGAAUUUUACCGUCCAGAGCCUCCGCACCCACUUGCAAGACCACACUGUCCAGUACGAACGGAAGAAAUUCCAGGAACUGCUGGAUAAGCUGCCUAAUAGCCUGGAUCGCACAAGACAAUGGCUGUGCAAAGCAGCAGCCCAAGUGUCUGCAUCCUCUUCGCAGCCACCACCCCGCCCUGCAUCUGCGGCUCAACCUGCCGCACGCUCGCCGGGGGCCGUCAGCAGUAGCGCAACUGUGCCAAGUCUCACAUCCGUGCUGAAUCGGGGAUACAUGGAUCUGCUCUGCUGGCAGCCUGGGCAAAAGGAAUACCCUGAGACACUGUUUCUGGAUCAGGCCUGCCUGCAGGAGGUACAAGUGCAGGUGAAUCAGCUUAUGGUCAUAGCUGCAGUCCUAGUGGCCUGGGGCAUGUGUGGAAGCCCCCUGUGUGGCUCACCUGGGUUUGUAGCUAGGCUGAAAUGGGUAACAGAGGUCCUCUUGGAAGGGCUGUCUUCAUGAUUUAGGGAUGAAGAAGCUUUAGAAGCCAUCAGUGACCGAGUGCUCCAGGAGGUCUGCAGGACUUUUACCACCAACAAAUGUGCUUCCCUGAAAGGCCAGAUAAAAACCAUCACGGACAAGGGCAAUGCAGUCCGGCGUGUCAUCAAGCUGCGGAUUCAUUCCUUCCUCGGCCUUUUCAUUUCCCCUGAUGGACAAUUCUCAAAGGGCCUUGAUCCCAUUCAGGAAGAGCUGCUGGCAGUUGGGCGUAGGUUUGGAAGCGCGAUCCACCACAACAGGCAGGUGUUUGGACGUUACUACUCAGGAAUUCUCAAGAAGGUGCUUCUCUGGGCUGCAGAACCAGACUUGGGCACGGGGAUGGAUUCUUUCUGAUUAUCUUCACGCACCGGGCAGGGGUGGAACACAUUUCUCCAGCAGUUUCUUAAGUCACGCCUCAGCUCGUAAAAAUCCAUCUGACAAAUCCACCGUGGCCACCAUUGCUACUGGGAAGCAACUCUUGGCAUGUCAGUAUCCGAAUAAACCUCUCCACCACAAAAGGUCAGGUCUGUUUGACGACGAUGGGAACAGCAUUCCUCUACCACAGGUGACCAGGAGGCUUUGGUACAACACUGAGGUGACAACGGGGCGAGGGUGUGUCUAAGGUUGUUUAUUAAUUCAGUCUGUUCUAAGUUGUACAAUUAUGAAAACAACAAAACGACUGCUGGAAGCCCAGGAAUAUUUACAAUCUCGCCUUGUUGUAGUGAGGUCAGUCUAUGUUGUUGCACAGAUCGGUUAUGUUUGGUACCACAAGAUGUUUAAAAUUCAGACAAAUUUGAACAGAUUAACAAUUGUAUAUACAGGAAAUAAAAGGAAAUUCAAGUAUCAAAAUACAGACAGAUUAAAUAACAUUUGUAUUACAAAUCAGUCCCACUGCCAUACAUCACAAUUAGCAAAAAUGUCUACGUUGCAAACUGAACUCGACUGUUCUCUGCCCUGUUAGGGAAUCUCAGGUUAUUCUUCCAUGGGGUAAGAAAAAUGAACUAGAUCAACUUUGCAAGAGCAGCACAGUUACUUCCUUUUGG